AACGAACCUCUAAACUCUAUUCACUUAUCCAUUUGACAACACUUAUUUUCAAAUUUGGUGUGGGAAGGACGUCUCCAUCAACGCGUUGUGGUUGAAAUUGAUAACACCCCUGAAUCAUAUACAGUUGAUGAUGAGUCAAAACGGGAGGAAAUCAAGCGAGUCAUGAUCCGCCUUUACAAGGAAACUGUGUGGCCUGAGCAGGGCAAAGAUGAUAACAUUGAUGGAUCAGGAGGAAGCAAUAGUUUAAAUGAUGAUCUUGCUAGGGUCAAUGCUUACAAGGAGACUGAAAGGGAGCUAAUAUAUAAUGAAACCACAAGGAUCUGGGCAGACUUUAAGGCAAGGCAUCAACAUUUUCUUUCGCGGGUACAAAAGGAAUUUGGUGUGAAUUUGUUGCCAGGCAUAAUACAGGAAUAUGGUAACACGGGAAGUACUAUUGGAGAAGCUUUGCAAUUCGAGUUCAAAAACGGAAUCUUGGCACCAGUUUCUACUGGAAUGCAUAUCAAAGGGAAAGACGACAAUCCCCUUUUAUUAGUUUUGGUUGAUGGCAAGUCAGGGGAGAUUGUGAAAACUGGAGCUGCAGCUACAAUGGAAGUUGAAAUAGUUGCUCUCAAUGGGGAUUCUAAUGAUGACGAAGCUGAGAAUUCGACUUCUGGUGAAUUUAGCAGUAAGAUUGUCAGAGAAUGGAAAGGAAAGAAAGUGCUGCAAGGAAAAACUUUUGUGAAGAUGAAAGACGGUUCUGUUUUACUAGAUAAGAUUUCUUUUACACACAACAAAGACUGGAAGAAGAUUAAAAACUGCAGGCUGGGGGCAAGGCCUGUGAAUGCAGAUUUUUCAGCUAGUGUGAAACCAGGGAAGACAGAACUGUUUCAAGUUGUGGAUAAGCGCAACAACAUGUACCGUAAACGUGAGAUUCCAUUCUUGUUCGACCCUGUAUAUCGAUUACGGAAUAUAUCCCACCGUGCUGAUUGCUAUCAACUUUUGUGUGCUGCAAACAUUAAGACUGUGAUGGACCUCCUUACCCUCCAUGCAAUUAAUCCAAAUAAGCUCAAAGAUAUACUUAAAGUUCAUCCCAACACAUGGAAGACCAUCAUAGGCCAUGCACAGAAGUGUAAAGAUGACAAGGGGGUAUGCUUGUACCAUCAUCCAAGAGAUGGACAAAAGAGUCACGGUGUGGUGUUUAAUAUUUCCGGACAAUUAGUGGGAUUAGUCGCAGAUUCUAAUUUCGUUCCCAGCAAUAAGCUUCCCAUUGACAAAAGAGUUGAUGCUCAGCAGCUGGUAGUCUCUGCAUCUGAACACUGGCAGGAAGUAGUCUCUUUCAGUGACCUGCCUUGUUUGAUUAGCCAUCUUCUAUCACAAACCACAUUGAACUCGCUGCAAAAUAACCUCAAUGUGGUGAUUCCUCAAACAACCAGUACACGUGAAUACGAUCCCACAAGCCUUACUUCCCCAGAACUCACUACUCCGCACUUUUCCACAGAAAGGUGUGCAAACAACAAAAGCAACAGGGGAUGUGGUAAUGCUGGUGCAGUGGGACAUAGUCAAAGUCAAAGCCCGAAACGUUCUGCAUCUAACUAUGCUUUCUCAAACUCCCCAAAAAAACCAAGAGAUGAUUGUCAACAAAUAACUCCAUCUAGUCCAUGUAUGAUGACUAAUACAUAUGUUACUGGAAUAUUGCCCCAGUGCCAAAACACAAACAAUUUACUUAUUUCUGCAACCACAGAGGACGAUAAUUGGUUGCAGUAUAUUGAUUUUUCGCAGUGUGAUAUGCCUGCACGAAGAUGGAAGAGGGUAUGUCGUGUGGUAGGAUGGAUUUCAAUCUAUUCGAAAGUACGCAAGAGGAGAAUGAACUUCACUGAUCAAUUAUUUGAAACCUCAUAUGAUGAGACAGUGUUUGUUAUCUCAGCGUCAAUCCAACAUGCACAGACUUAAAAAAGACGAAUUCUGCAGGAGGAUGUAGAAAGGUCAAUGCUUUGAAUUGUUAUCUGCAGCUAGUUAGUAAUGGUGACGUGUAGAUAAGCAAGCCUUGUGGUGAGUUUACUCUUCUGUUAUCCAAAGUUCAUGGGUUGUAGCAUAAACAACCUGUUGCUAGAUAAAAUAAUUGGAUGUUGUAUAUAGGAAGCUACGUUUUGCUUUCCGGCUCUUGCAUGAGUAAGCAACGCGAUGGGUAGAUGUUUGGUUUCUCUUGUAAAUUAGGCAAAUAUGAGAUUAUGAGGUGCAGACAUUGUUCCAAAGGGAUGUGCACUUGUUUGAACAAGUAUUCAGAUUUAUAGUUUUAUGUGGUGUCUUUUAGUGUUUCAAAGUGCUUGAAAACAGUUGAUCUUGACUCUUUUCUGAGAUUAUUCUUUUGUUGUAUAGCAGACUAAAGGUUAUUUUACGUAGCUCUAUUUCUCAGAAA